AUGCACAACCUGUCCCUCAGAACAGCAAAGAGAAUAAUAGAGAAAUGGAGAUCUUCAGGUCUCAUCACAGAUGCACACUUGGCCAAAAUGCAGUUGGAUGCUGACAAGCUUGUAUUGCCAGAGGACUACAUGCCAUUAGGAACAAAGAUUGGGCUUGACUUCUCAUUCAUAAAGGCCAACAAGUGUGUUAUAUUUGUAUGUGGAAAGAUAUAUCCAGUCACCCUGGAUAUGAGUUAUUGGAAACAAGCUUUGCUCCCUUCCACACUUCCUUUAGCUCUAAAGGGAGAGAUUUCCAAGGAUGAAUCCAAGUAUGAGCAUUUGUUGAAAUACUAUCGCAAGAAAUAUGAUGAUCAAACUCUUGUUCAUUAUUGUCAGGCUGGUCAUUCUGAUAAUUUUGUUAAUAAUUGGAUACAGAAGUUUGAAUCAAUCAAUUUUCUUGGGCAAAUCUACAAGAGCAAAACAAAGAAUCAGUGCAGGUCAUUCAUACAAGUCUUGUUUGAGACAAGUGAUAGUAGAAGUAUCAAGCUGUAUGCAGAUCAAAUUCAGUACCUCUCUGUCAAUACGGUUGUAAACUCGUUUGCUAGUCAGCAAGUUUUACUUCAGCCCAGAGCAGGAGAAGGAGUUGAGAUAAAUGAGGUGAGGUUCGAAGAUGACAGCAUGAACACCAUUCUCUCAGUGCAUAGAAUCUGCUAUCCAGUUGCAGUAGGCAAGCACCUUAGUCUAGAAGGCAAAGUUUAG